UAGAGAGAGACAGACAGGUUAGAGCGAGACAUACAGAUAGCUUCGAGAGAGACAGACAGGUUAGAGAGAGACAGACAGGUUAGAGAGAGACAGACAGACAGCUUAGAGAGAGACAGACAGGUUAGAGAGAGACAGACAGCUUAGAGAGAGACGGACAGGUUAGAGAGAGACAGACAGGUUAGAGAGAGACAGACAGGUUAGAGAGAGACAGACAGGUACAAAGAGACAGCUUUAUAUAGCCUACCUGAUCCCGCGAGGACACAUCACCUCUCUGCAGGUCUCCCAUAAUGCUCUGAGGAGUAGCAACCAUGAUUGGAGGACUCUUCAUCUAUAACCACAAGGGGGAGGUAUUGAUCUCCAGAGUUUACCGCGAUGACAUCGGGAGGAAUGCGGUAGAUGCGUUCCGGGUGAGCGUGAUCCACGCCCGGCACCAGGUGCGCUCUCCGGUCUCUAACAUCGCCCGGACCAGCUUCUUCCAUGUGAAGCGCUCCAACGUGUGGCUGGCGGCCGCCACGCGGCAGAACGUCAACGCCUGCAUGGUGUUCGAGUUCCUCUACAAGAUGUGUGACGUCAUGACCGCAUACUUCGGGAAGAUCAGCGAGGAGAACGUGAAGAACAACUUCGUGCUGAUCUACGAGCUGCUGGACGAGAUUCUGGACUUUGGGUACCCUCAGAACUCAGAGCCCGGAGCUCUGAAGACGUUCAUCACUCAGCAGGGGGUCAAGAGUCAGCACCAUAGUAAGGAGGAGCAGUCUCAGAUCACCAGCCAGGUCACCGGGCAGAUCGGCUGGAGGAGAGAGGGCAUCAAGUACCGGAGGAACGAGCUGUUCCUGGACGUGAUGGAGAGCGUCAACCUGCUCAUGUCCCCACAGGGUCAGGUGCUCAGCGCUCAUGUCUCUGGCAGGGUGGUGAUGAAGAGUUACCUCAGUGGGAUGCCUGAAUGUAAGUUUGGGAUGAACGACAAGAUCGUCAUCGAUAAGCAGGGCAAAGCAGGAAGUAACGACGACGGAGCCAAGAGUGGGAAACAGUCCAUAGCGAUCGAUGACUGCACCUUCCAUCAGUGUGUCCGACUCAGCAAGUUCGACUCUGAACGCAGCAUCAGCUUCAUCCCUCCAGACGGAGACUACGAGCUGAUGAGGUACCGCACCACCAAAGACAUCAUCCUGCCCUUCAGAGUGAUUCCUCUGGUGAGGGAGGUGGGUCGCACCAAGCUGGAGGUCAAAGUCGUCAUCAAGUCCAACUUCAAGGCCUCGCUGCUGGCCCAGAAGAUCGAGGUGAUGAUCCCCACCCCCCUGAACACCAGCGGAGUUCAGCUCAUCUGCAUGAAGGGCAAGGCCAAGUACAAGGCCAGCGAGAACGCCAUCGUCUGGAAGGUGAAGAGGAUGGCGGGGAUGAAGGAGUCUCAGAUCAGCGCAGAGAUCGAGUUGCUGCCGACCAACGAUAAGAAGAAGUGGGCGCGGCCUCCCAUCUCCAUGAACUUUGAGGUCCCCUUCGCCCCCUCCGGGCUGAAGGUGCGCUACCUGAAGGUGUUCGAGCCCAAACUGAACUACAGCGACCACGACGUCAUCAAAUGGGUCCGAUACAUCGGGAAGAGCGGCAUCUACGAGACACGCUGCUGACAUCACAGCGACAUCACCGUGACAUCAUCGUGACAUCAUCAUGACAUCAUCAUCUUGUUGUUGUUUACUUUGUGUGUGUGUGGACAGAGCGCUUCAUAUUUCAUGGUUAUAGUAAUAGUUAUAAAUGGAUAGAACUACAUGUAGGAAGUAAAGAACUACAGCAGCAGAAAAAUAGUUAGUCCUCCCGUCUCGUGGUGUGUUACCCAGCAUGCUUUGCUCUGUGAUCGUCUGAAAUCAUUUUUUAUUUUGUUAUUUUUUACAGUUUAUUUUUACCCAGAUGUGUCAAUAAUAAUAAAAAUAAAUAUGAAAUAAUUUGUGUGUGUGUGUGUGUGUGUGUGUGUGUGUGUGUGUGUGUGUGUGUGUG